AUGUCAGAGUCGGGAACUUUGUUAAGAUAUGCCAGUCCCAAUGAGCGCCGCACAAUCAGUCGCGAAGAGCUAGGGUUUUACAAGGCCCUCAUCGUAGGCGCUGUCUAUGAGAUUGAGAGUGAUGGAAAAGAUUUGACCUCGUCCGGAUCAUUCAUUGCCCCUCUGAAAGCCUGCAUCUUGAAGUACCCUUUCCUGUCCGCCAUCGUGAAGAAUAAGCAUACCGAAAAGUCGGCUUAUCAUGAGGUUCCAACUAUCGAUCUCCAUGAUCAUAUCUCCAUUCUUCAAAAUGACAAUCUUGAGGGUGAUGACAACUCAUCUUUCGAAGGCAUUCUACCACAGAUCCUCGAUCGUCCGUGGCCUGCUGAAACACCCCCUUGGAGGAUUGUCGUUCUACCUCUAGCGUCACCACAUGGCUCUGCAGCAACGCGCUGCUUGAUUGUUUUCGCCUUCUCCCAUACCAUUGGAGACGGCAUGGUCGGAGUCGCCUUUCACCGUACAUUCCUUGAGGCAUGGCGACAGAGCGUUCGUCCCAAGGAAGAAGAGUCUUUCCUGAUCAACCUAUCCGGCCGAUCCCUUCCAGCACCCUUCGACACGCGCGAGAGACUUACCAUUUCAUGGAAAUUCCUUCUUGCACCGCUGGUAGCAGUAUACCUACCAAAAUGGCUAGCUUCGAUGCUAGGACUGCAUGCCCGCGUCAGCACGGUGGACGCUGGUACUUGGACUGGGUCGCGUAGCUUUUACGAUGCGGCGGUCAGCAACUCCAGCAGGGUGAAAAUUCUCGAAAUCGCGGCUCCGCUGGUGGAAAAGAGCCUGCAGAUCUGUAGAAAGCAUGACACCAAACUUACGGGAGCUCUCCACCAGAUGAUUCUUCGGGCGUUGAGUAAAGCAAUUCCUGAUCCCAGUGUCACAAACUUUGUGUCAGGGACCGCUGUUGAUAUGCGAAAAUCUGUCGGGAUACCGGCUCUUUCUUGGGGCCUUUAUGUGUCUGGCCUCUAUGCGGUGCAUCAGCGCGCACGUAACGUUGAGUCUCCAGCGCUACCAGAUUAUAUGUGGACGGAUGCUAGCUUAAUAACCAAGAACCUUGCCGAGUGCUCGGCAAGGCUUUAUGAUCAAGCAAUCGGCUUGCUCAGAUAUAUUCCAAGCAUUAGGAACUGGACACUGGGGAAAGUCGGGGCAGAGCGUGAUUGCUCAUAUGAAGUUAGCAAUUUGCUUGCCUUUGACGAUGGGAACAGUGAGGCAGAUCAAAAGUGCCACGUUACUAAGAUGAUCUUCUCACAGCCGGCAAAUGUUCCUAGUGGACCCUUGGUAUUUAACGUUAUCAGCGUUAAGGGGGGAAGCUUGGUUUGCACGGUGAGCUGGCAGGCUGGAGCUUUGGGUGUGCCUGUGGAGGAAGAGAUGCCAUUUGUUGAGGGCAUAUGCUCCUCAAUUCGGGAAGACUUCGAGUCUCUACAGAAGUGA